AUGGGUGCAUAGUGUUGCGUUAAUCGAAAAGAAGGAAAAACUUUUUCUCCUCAAGUUUUAAGUUUUGACCCAAGGAAGAAUGGACUCGCUAUUGCAUUUGUUUCUCUGCUUGAAGAAACUUGCAUAGGAUUAAAGGAGAAAUUAGAUUUACUAUAUGAAAUUUCAUAACGCUAUGCUUAUAAUCACGAAUGCUGCUUCCUUGAUCCUGAUUACCUUCAAGACAAAUUUAGCCUUAUUGAAUUUUAGAGCACAGGAAGGAAAUUCUAAGCUGGAAUGGGCAUGGCUAAUGCUUUUGAUAAAGAGAUAUAGUAUCUUUUAGACGAGUACCUAAUUUUAGAUGAAGAUAAUUACUCAGUUAUAAUUCUCCUAAUGUUUGGGUCUAGUUUGCAUCCAUUCUCACUCAAAAAGCGAACAACUGUAGAAGGAAAUUGCAGCUAUAUAGUACAUGAUAUUUUUCCAGCAAUAAAACAAUAGCCUUCUUCACCUAAAAAAAAUUCAUUUGAAGAGGAUUAAAGUUUUAAAGGAGUGAUUUGUAAAGAAAUUGUCUUCUCUUCUUUACAGAAAUUGCAUCAAUACCUUAAUACUGUGAGUAUGUAUUACUACACAUAAAACCCUUAGUAAUUUACUUAAAAGGUUUAGCUUCUAACUUUCUAAGUCUCUGAUGAAAAAUCCUUUACAUGUUCCGAGUCUGAUCUUUCUUUUCUUCAUGGACAAGAGUUUAUUGAAAGUGUUGAAAAGGACAUAAAUCGCCUUAGCAGAGGUAACAUUAACAAAUCUAUAAAAAAAUCAUUUGGACUACCUCAUAAAAGUAGCUUUGGGCACAAAAGCGGUAAUAAAAAAUCUUUUGGAGAUAAAGGCAAGAAAUUAUCUGAAGGAUAUUUAAAUGAUCAAAUGAACUAGCAGCAGUAGCGCUCACAUGCAGCUUUGCUUAAAGAAUAAAAAAUUACAACAACAAUGAAUAGCUCUACUGAAACUGAAAGUAUUCAAAGAACAACCUAAGACACAAUCAACAGCAAGGCUAUUGCAUGA